CCAGUCAGGCUGAGGAAGUGUGGCUGAUGGUCUGGGUAAUGAGGAUGUCCUCAAACCACUGGAAAGGGAGCCCUAAGGAAGCUUUUGCAAUACUUUCAGUUCCGCAAUUCUGAUCAAUAGAACUGUGGGUGGAGGGAAGGCUGUAGCCACAAGCUGGGAGGGACAGGACCUGGAAGCUGACCCAGCAAGCUGAAUGCGCCACUGCUCUUCAAAGGCUGGCAUUGGAGAGAUCACUCUGCAUCCAUUCGACUCUGAAUAAGAAGAAAAGAAGAGGACAGAAAAUUUUCUGCCUUGGAAGAGUCGGGUCAGUGACACAAUGUCCACGAAGUGGGGAGAUAGCACUCUUUCACCUCUGAGUGUCUCCACCCUGCCCACUAACACCUCAUGCAGGGUGGACUCUGAGUUCAGAUACCCCCUUUUCACCAUCUUGUACAGCUUCAUCUUCAUUCUGGGCUUCAUUGCCAAUUGCUAUGUGCUGUGGAUUUUCUGCCAGGUUUAUGCUUGGAGGAAACUAAACGAAAUCAAGAUAUUCAUGGUGAACCUGAUAGUGGCUGACCUGCUGUUCCUAAUCACGCUGCCCCUGUGGAUUGUUUACUAUCACCACCGAGGAGACUGGAUUAUGCCUACAUUCCUGUGUAACGUUGCCGGCUACUUGUUCUUCGUUAACACCUACUGCUCCAUAGCCUUUUUGACAGUCAUUACAUACAACCGAUUCCAGGCAGUGACCAAGCCCAUCACAGCCGCUCAGUUCCCCACCCGGAGAAGGGGUAUCUUCCUCUCCGCAGCUAUUUGGGUGGUGAUAGUGAGCAGUGCUUUGUACUAUCUCAUUGACGAUGGCACUAAUGCGGAGGAGAUUAACCAAGGCACCGUCACGCGGUGUUUUGAGCGCUAUGACACCUCUAGCAACACUGCGCACAUCCUCGCAACCCAUGUUGUCAUAUUCGUUAUUUUUGUCUUAAUUUUCCUGUUUAUACUGGUGUGUAACUUGUUCAUUAUCAGGACACUGCUGACCAAGCCAGUGCAGAUGCAGAAGGGCACCCAUGUGAAGCAGAGGGCACUCAGGAUGGUGUGUACUGUCCUGGCUGUAUUCAUCAUAUGCUUUGUACCUCACCAUUUCAUUGACCUCCCCUGGACCCUGACGGUCCUAGAGUGGUGGCAGAAAGAAAACUGUCUGUUGCGCCGGCAGAUCAACGAUGCCCAUCAGGUUACUCUAUGCCUCUUGAGCACCAACUGCAUGCUGGACCCUGUCAUCUACUGCUUCCUAACCACGAAGUUCAGGAAGCACCUUUCAGAGAAUCUUAAAAACAUGACAGGGAGUCGCAAGUGUUCCAGGCAAACCACUGAAACAGUGACUGAGGGCACAGUGCCCAUCAAUGACCUCCCCAACAACCCCAUGAGAAAUGAAUACAGCCCUGUCUCCUACUGAGCAGGGCUGGGCCACUUGUGUCAUCAGCUUCCUCUCACUAAGCCAGCCUGGAGAGGGACACAUCAGUGGGCCAGAUCUCUGCAUUUCCAUCAGGAAGAGGAAAUAUGAGCAUUCAAUCCCCAUACCCACAAAUGCAACCAGAGGAAUAGGGACUCCGCAGGGGCUGCAAAGGAGCACUUUCUGCCACAUACUGAUGCUUCAUGGGACACUAAUCACAGCUCAGUUGGUUUUUCUUUUCUGUGAAGAAAAAUGCCAUUGACCUUGUGCCCUUCCCACUCCUCCUAUCUCCUUAUGUGAUCUGUCAGCACUUUAACAUGGGAGGGCAAGGGAUUGCCAUGCAGAGAGCUCACCCUUAUGAAUGACAGAGAUUCUAUGGGAUCUGAUCCAAGAAACCAGCCUGGGGAUAAGGGGGUGGUCUGUGAAAGUUGAUGGGUAUUGGUGAUGUGCUGGAAACCUCUGCCAUAGAUCUCCCAAUCUCUCUGGGAUCUGUAUAUAUAGAUUUUCAAGGUCACCAGGGACCAUUAUCUAGCCUGACCUCCUGCACAUCACCAGCUAGAGAAUGUCACUUAUUCCUGGACCCAGGCCAAUAACUUCUGGUUGAGCUAGCACAUAUCUUUCAGAAAGAGACCAAAUAUAAACUGAAAGCUCCAAGUGACAGAAGGUGAUUGCCAUCAUAGGAGUUAAGAUAGCAAAUGAAUGGGUUUUUAAUGCUUUUGCUUUUAUUUAUUAUAGAUGGGGAUUUUUAAGAGGGAGUGGCUAUUGUCCCUGCUUGUACUUUUACUGCUGGAAACAAAGAAAUGUAGCUGGUUGCUUAUUUGAAGACUGUUUUCUAGUAUUUUAUCAUUAAAAAACUAACAGGUUGUGGCCACACCGCAGGGCAACCUCCAAGCCACUAAACUGCUACUGUCAUGUUAAGUCCAGUGCAAAAAUAUCAAGGGUUUUAAGCUCAGGCAUUCAGUCCAGGGUGAAAGGGACCCUGCUCUAAACAGUGCUGGCUGCAGACAAUAUGGGCCCACAGAAAGCUGGUUAUCCUAAGGGUGCUAGGCUUGAUUAUGGAUCAGAAGACACUUAAGGCUCCUUGUCUAACCCUGAGUUGCUCAAUACUAAACUUCCUUCAAGCACAGGAAGUGGAACAGGGUGGGGAACUUAGUUGGGCUCUUACAUGAGUUUUUGGUUCCUAAACUCUUCUAGAAAAAUUUCCCAGCUACUGAUUGGAAAAACUCAUCUGCCAUGUCAACAUUGGAAAAGGUUAUUUAUACCAGUUAGCAGCAGCCUGGUGAUACUCGUACUCAAACCUGGUGAUACCAGCCAGAGAACUGCUAGGAGUGUUUUGUGUGGCAAACUCCAAACCUCUCCAAUCAUCCGACCAACAAUGGUAUUAUAUUAUGCUCAUAUUUCACUGAGAGGAUUCCCAACUCUUCAAUCCCCAGCCAUCACUGGGGGACCACAAACUUUGAUAUCUGUGAGUGGGCAAAAAGUUUAGACUUUUCCUUUCUACUGUGGACCUCACAAUGGUCACCUAUGCAUUCAGAUGCUACAGCGCAGGACAUGGAUAAGAACCCGAUCAGAACUGCAUGUGCCUUUGCCUCCUGUAGGCUAGACUACUGCAAUGGCCUCUGCUGAGGGCUGCCCACGAAGACUACGCAGGGGCUUCUUCUAGUGCAGAUAUGGCAUCUACUUGGUUAUUAGAGCAAACCAUUUUGAUGUUAGAUGUUUGCAUUUAUUAUCAAAGGGCAAAGACAUUUGCACAGGACAGACAAUGCACUCCAACUGGAUUUUUUUUUUAAAACUUAACCAAAUCACUUAAAAUAUAUCUGUUUAAAAAUAUUGCUGAGAUUUUUCACUUCUGCUUCUGGGAUGAUCAUUUAAAUUUUAGAGGAGGAACAGGAUUAUACUAAUGGGAAAUUGUUAAACUGCAUGCAGGACAAGGAUGUCCUGGCUUGACUUAACAAAAUGGAUCCUCCAGAAGAGUCUUAAAUAAAUUUAAAACUUUUCCCCCUUGUGCUCAAUCCUCUGAUAUUUUUUUCUACAUUCACCAAUAAAUGGGGGGCUGAAAGGAGAAGUGAAGAGAAAUGGGGGAGAAAAAAGUGAUGUUCUCACUCAGCCCAAAGGGUAGAAAUUCAUAAAUCAAGCCAAGCUGGAUGCUUGUGAUGAAACAAGUUACAUAUUUUUAAGCAUGACAUCUGUAAUGAUGAACAGAAUCAGGGGAUGAGGACUCAGACAUAAAGGCCAGAAUGGACAAUCAUGAUCAUCCAGUCUGAUCUCCUGCACAACUGCAGGCCACAGAACUUCACCCCAAUCACUCUUGCAAUAGAUCCAUAACCUCUGGCUGAGUUACUGAAGUCCUCAAACAAUGAUUUAAAGACAGAAAAUCCACCAUUUAUUCUAAUUUAAACCAAUGCCCACGUUGCAACAGAAGGUGAAAAAACUCCAGAGGAAUAUUUCUAUAAUAAUGAAUAGAUGUUGGGGUAGAAUUCAAAGGCAACUGAUAUUGUAUUUAACCUUCAUUUAUUUCCUCGGGUGCAGUGGAAAGUACAACUAAGGUCUACAGCCCCCCAAAGCCAGGUUGCCAUGUGUUCACUGGCAGCGAUUUUUCUUUUUUUAAACCACCAGUGAGUAGGCCAGCCAGGACGAUGAAAGAGAAGAAUAAAACACAAUCUAACCCAGUUAAGGAAAAAGGGAAAGAAAUGAGGUUUCAGUAGAAAACCAACUUCUGAAACAUUGGCUUGAGCCAGUAACCAGUAAUAGGCCAAUAACAAGGAGCACUUUCCAAAAGACUGGGAAAGGGAAGAGCUUUGGACUUUGCUUAGAAAGGUGGGCAUGAAAUAUGAUGGGUUUGAACAGUCAGACUGAAAUGAUUUAAAUGGCCAAAAACCAAUUAUUUUCAGAAACUUUCUGUAACAGAACAAAACAGAGAGAAGAAAGGUCGUUCCAUCCAUUAUAAUAAUGAAGUGAAGGUAGUGGACAGUACAGAGGACAAACGGUUGUGGAGACCCAUAAAGUGACUGUUUAACAGUCAUACAAAGAAUCAGUAUUGUGAAGAGCAUUUCAAUUUUUUUUUUCAGAUUAAAUUUUACAUUGUGAUUUCUGGUAGGUGAAGUCAAGACCGAAUCACCACCUUGCCUGCUGAGAGGAUUGAUGGUAGCUGUAUUCCAUGAGCAUAAAUAUUCUCUCUCAGGGCCAACUGCCAUACUCCAUUCACAUUGAGUAGUCCUACUGAAACCAAUGGGAUUAUAUGAGAGAGAAUGUACAAAUCAGUGUUAAGACUAUCAGCUUGAGGGCCAGAUUAUAAAAUACUAGGGCCCAGGACUCUCUUUUUAGUUGUCUCGUAUUGCACUGAACAUGUUAUAAUUAUUUAACAAGUAACAUUCUCAAUAAACCACUUUCACACUCA